AUGCAAGUUCACAGUUCUUCUCCCUUGGUUCCUCUGAUGAGUGAUCACACUACUCCUGUUUUUGGUCUGUCACCUAUAGUGGUGGCCAUUAUAGCCAUCAUCUGCGCGGCCGGGGUGUUAUUAGCCUAUCAUUGUGUUACAGCGCGGUGGUGGAAUGAAGUAGAGCCCGAUGAGCGCCAGCAGCUGCCUCAGUUGCCGGUGACUUAUGCUGGAGAAGGACAGAGUAGUUUUGAGGAUUCUAUAGCAGAGCUCAUUCCUUCGUAUAAGUAUACACCAGAGAUUAGUUCAGUGUCGAAGACUCAAGAUGGAGGGACUUGCUCUGUGUGCUUGUCUGAGUUCAUGGAGGGCGAGCUGGUCCGGGUGCUGCCAGAGUGUUUGCACGCGUUUCAUGUGUCGUGCAUUGACAUGUGGCUGCAGUCUCAUGCUAGUUGUCCGCUGUGUCGGGCUGGUACACCAACACCUCCCAGGCGACACGCGUUGAGUGGUGGCUCGACGCCCUUGAGGCUUUCGUCGCCAAUGUAUGGCGUUUAA